AUGAAUCGUCUCCCCUACUCCGUCGUCGAUGUCUUCUCGACCGUGCCCUACAAAGGCAACCCUCUCGCAGUCGUCGCCAACACGACAGACUCGCUCACCAAAUCUCAAAUGCAAUUAAUUGCUCGACAGUUCAACCUCUCAGAGACAACAUUCGUAUGCCAUCCUACAAAGCCAGGCUCUACCUACCGACUACGCUCGUUCCUCCCUAAUGGCGAGGAGGUCUUUGGAGCAGGCCAUAAUUCUCUCGGCGCUUGGUGGUAUAUUGUCGAUUCCCAGCUGCUACAGCGAGGAAAUAACUCGGAGCCCAGUAUCUACCACCAAGAAUUAGGCGAUGAUGUCCUCCCAGUCGAGGUGUCUGGGUCUGCCCAAACCCAGAUCAACAUUACCAUGCGUCAGGGCAGCCCUCGGUUCCUGGAUAAGCAUCCAAACAAGUCAACCCUCGCCAAUUCUCUAGGCAUUAAUCCCUCCGAUAUUGGCUUUGAACAUGGUCAAAGUAUUCUGUCCGAGCCCCAGGUGGUGACUACCUCUCCUGCACGGCAUCUUCUUGUCCCCGUCCGGGAUAAACAGGUUCUAGAUCGCAUCAACUUCUCGGAUUUGGAAGCAUUGAGUCGGGAGCUUGCCAAUACCAACAGCUACAACAGUGGCAUAUACGCAUUUACGCCGGUCAGUGGCGAAGAGAAUGUCUUGAAGUUGGAAGCCCGGUUCAUGAGCCCAGGAAUGGGGAAUGAAGACCCGGCCACCGGAUCCGCGGCAGGUCCGCUGGCCGCAUUACUAUUCAAAAAUGGUAUCAUACGUCUGGCAGAUGGUGGGAAGACUGAGAUACAAGUUGUCCAGGGCCUGAAGAAAGGCCGACGGUGUCUGAUGAAUUUGACUGUGCAUAAGAAUGCGGGAUCCGAUAUGGUGGAUAUUCGUAUCUCAGGAACUGCUGUGCUUGUGGCAGAGGGUAACAUAGCAGUUCCUCCUGUAGAUAUCGACUUCUAG